GAAGGGAAGCUAAAACAGGAGAAAUAUGAUCCCUCUGGUUGAUUUAAUAUCAUGUUAAUGAUAGAAAACGGUUCUGGAAACUUGGCUGAUGUGGCGUUUAGAGAACAUGUUCUGAUCCACAUGGAGAACUCCGGGGAACUAAAAGCUUGAGCUGAAUUGGAUCAGGUCUUCUCUGAAGGUUUCAUUCUGGUUCUGUUAAACUAAAACAUCUCAGAUGUUCUUAUAUUCUGGACUCAGACCGGUUCUGGGUCCUCUCCUUCCUCCAUGUCUUCCUGGAAUGGUUCUGAGUCUCCAAAAGGUGGAGACUGCUGCCCCCGUGUGUUCAGACAGUGCAAUAACAGGGGUUCUGCAGGGCCCUGCUGCAGCCCAGCACAGGGUCUGCUGACCCCAAAGAACUGCAGGGGCCUCAGCUGCUAGCAGAGAAGAACCUGAGGAAGGAACCUCCUGGUUCUGCAUGUUCCUCAGCGCGUCUGAGCCGCAGCCUGCAGGAGGAAGUGAGCUCCGUCUGAUUUCUCCUCAAACACUGAACUUUGAUUUCACUUUCAUUUUCACAGUGAAGCCGACACAGAACCAGACUCCGGCGCCGCUGCUCCUGCUGGGUCGGGUCAUCGGCACCGUUUUGGGUCCUUUGGGUCUGACCUGCACCUCUUUGAUGGGGGAACCUGUGCUGGGGGAGGGGAAGGAAGGCCAGCAGCACAGCGACUCUGUGAGCGGACCGGUCCGGACCCUCAGGGUGAAGAUGGUUCUGCUGGGAAGCUCCGGGGUUGGAAAGUCCAGCCUGGCUCUGAGGUUUGGAAAGGAUGAGUUCAGGAAGACGUCGCCUACGGUUGGCUGUGCCUACCUGACCCGGGUGGUCCACCUGAGCGACGUGUCGCUCCGCUUUGAGAUCUGGGACACGGCGGGGCAGGAGAAGUACCACAGCGUGACGCCGCUGUACUACAGAGGAGCCCAGGCCGCUCUGGUGCUCUACGACAUCUCCAGCAGGGUGAGGACCUCCCUGAGGAACAUCUCCGCCUGCUUCAGACGUCCUCAUGUGGUCCUCCUGCUUCUGCUGCAGGAAACCUUCAUCAGAGCCCAGCUGUGGGUCACAGAGCUGGAGAGGCAGUGCGGCCCUGGAUCCACGGUCGUCUGGCUCGUGGGCAACAAGGCAGACCUGGAUCAGAACCGGCAGGUUUCCGCUCAGGAAGGCCAGGUUCUGGCCGGGUCCAAAGGUCUGUCCUUCAUAGAGACGUCGGCCCUGUCUGGAGAUCAGGUCAGCGAGCUGCUGGAUGCUGUGGGGUCUACGGGUCCAUGGGAGAGCAGCAGGGAGGUCUGUCAGAGUGGAGGGAGACCGCUCUGCUGGACCAGAACCACCAGAACCACCAGAACCACCAGAACCAGCAGAACCACUUCUGGUCCUGCUGCAAGGUCGGACCCUGAUCUGCAGCGUUUGCAGAGUAGUUCUGGUCAGAAUCACCCCCACCAAGAAAGUCCAUGUUAUCAAGUAUUCUACAGUAUAUAUCCCAAGUUUACGCUGAAACAACUUUAUUAGACGCUCACUGACAAGAUGCUUCUUCUUGCAGCUAAAAACAGGUUAUAAAGGUGUACUUUGAAGUAUACGUGAAGUAAUAACACAGGUAUAGGUGAAGUAACCUUUUUGCUUGGCUGCUGACUCACCUGAUUUACCCACCGACCACCGUGGGACAAUAAGAUUAUUUUAUUAUUUCUAUUCUAUGCAUUGAGGUAAUUUCUUAAUAAAGAUAUUCGUGUGAAACAAGUCUGUCUAUUAAAAAUUGUCCAACUGGUUUCUAAUAAACGUCAAAUGUUCA